AUGAUGUCCCCGUCAGACAGAGACCUCCAUCAUGAAGCCGCCCUUCAUGGUCGUGGCGUAAUAACCGUCCCCUGCGGGAGAUGCAGCUUUCUGUUCUACUACCCGGAAGGCACGCCUUGGAAUAUUGUAAACGACAUGGUAAACGGACAUUGGAAUGUCUGUCCUGGAAGCAUUAGUGCGAGUGUGGCAAAGUCUCGCCAUGUAGCAACCGAUCCUAGGUACCCCCCACCAUUUGCUGGCGCGAGGCAGGAUAAUAGGGAGGGCAGCUCGUCGAAUGAUGAGAAUGACGGCGAUCCUAAUAGCAAACGUAACCGAAAGAAGAACAUGAUGGACGAGAGCGAGCGUAAAAAGAAACUUGAGGAUGAUCCGUGGGCGUUGGAGGUAACACCUAUUAGCGUGCGAUGCGGGGCAUGUACACGUUUGGUCAGCCUUGACAAACGGUCAAGAUUCUACCCCGGAUUGUGGCUGAAACAUCGAGAGAAAUGCAUGGAGAUCAAGCGCUUAGAAGCGAUCGAACAAGAACAAGGCGAUAAGUCAGAAUCGUCGUCAGCCGUACAGUCGCCGCCCAAGAAAAAGGCGAAAGGACUCGACUCAACGGCUACGACGCCCGAUGUCACGUCGCCGGCCUCCCGAUCGACGGAGGUUAGGGAGAGCGCGACCUGCGACACCGCGAGAGUCGUUUUUUCGCCCUCUAUCCCACCUACUAGCCCAAGCGACAACUCAUCGCGGCGGGAAGUCCUUAUCGAAAGUCGCCCUACCUCCGAAGCCAGAGAUCCGACUGGUUCCAAUGCAGUGUACCUAGACGACUCGGGUGGACCGAGACUUAUCGGGAAAAGGCGUCGCAGCCCGUCGUCGGAUAGUGAGGCAGAAACCUUGGAGGAUGAUGAGAAUCGUAAGGCUCCAUUCUCCACCGACGAAGCGUACGACGCAUCGUAUCUUCCACAACCUAGCAAGUAUCGCCAUGCUACGUGGCGAGAGCUGAGAUCGAAUUUCCGAGGUGCUUACAACUUGAGACUCACCGGUGAAGAUGAUGUAGGAGGUUUGAACCGAACAAAGUGA